UGUCACGUUUUGACAGCAUUAAUUUAUUUCAUUAGCUGAUUAGAACUUUAUUAAUUAGAGUACGUGUUUUUUUCGGAAGUCCUUCUUGUAUUUUAAUAUUCUUGAAAGAAAUACAAACGCUGCGUGCUGCCAAAAUGACAGAAUAUCAAUUCAACGAACGUGCUUAUGCCAAAAUAAUUUUCCAUGCCGCCAAAUAUCCACACUUGGCCGUGAACGGCGUGCUGUUGAGCGAAAAAGCACCCAAAGGCAAUACAGUCCAGAUAGUGGAUGCGAUACCACUUUUCCAUCAGUGUCUCUACGUUACACCUAUGGCAGAGAUAGCGCUUACACAGGUUGACGCCUAUGCCGAACGCGAGAAUUUGCUGUUGGCCGGCUACUAUGUGGCACCAGAGAAUUUCUACGACAGCAGUGUAGAAAAGGCGCCCGCUGCCAAAAUAGCAGAAAAAAUACUUGAAAACAAUAAAAAUGCUUGCUUCGUAGUCGUAGAUAAUAAGCUCAUGAGACUAAACCAAACACAAGCAGCGCUAAAGGUGUUCAGCAGUAGUGGUGAGACAGGGCGUUGGAACAAGGCUAACUUCUCACUAUCGCAGUCAAAAGCCACUUUACAAACAGUAUCAGAAUUGUUACAGCGUGGCGCUAUGCGUGAGAUAGUAGACUUUGAUAACCAUUUAGAUAAUCCAGAAAAUGACUGGACGAACCAACACUACAACCAUAACUUGAAGCAGCUGAUGGCCAUGUACUAAUUGGAUAAAAAAGGUAUUAAAUUCAAUGGGGGUAUUCAUGGUUGGUUUUUAGCUAUAGCGUGCAAUUUUUUUUAAAUAUGUAUCCAUGCAUUUCAGUUUUAUUGUAUUUAUACGAAAUAUUUAAAUAAAUAUGG